GCGAUAGCAGAUACAGGUACUUCAUUAAUUGCCGGACCGAAGAACCAGGUGGAGAAUAUCCAGAAGUAUAUUGGUGCCGAGUAUGUAUUCGGCGGCGAAUACAUUGUGCCAUGCUACAAAGUGCCCUCGCUUCCAGAAAUUACCAUUGUCAUCGCUGGCAAAACCUACGUGUUGAGAGGAACGGAUUAUAUUUUGAAUGUAAAAGCUUAUUAA